CCUGUUGCUUUUCCCUCUCUCAGUUCCCUUGAUUUCCUGUCUAACAUCAGAUGUUGUGAUUAAGUCAUUUUUACCUUCCACAGGUUCUAUAAUCCAUGAUGCCUAUAAAGAACUGGAACAUUACAAAGAUGUCACCUUCCCCCAGACUUAUUCCUCAGUGGAAGGACUUGAAACUUCUCAUAAAUAAUACCCUGAAGGAUAUAAAGGCUGAUGAAAAACCAAAGAAUGAUGUGAUUGUAUUGCGUGACUGGCCUGAGACUCUAUACAAGGAGCCUCACCAACCCCAGAGCAGGCCUUUCAUCUGCUUCUAUGCCAUUGAUGUCAACUAUUUUGUGUCCUUAAACUGGGUGGAGCCACAUUCAAAACAAAUACAGGCAGUACUUUGGGUACAGAAGAAAGAUACGGAAAUGGGAGGUAUGAUAGAGAAGAUGAAGUUUCCUGUGAUGGAUCAAGUGCCACCCGUUGAAGCAAUGGUCCACACAGGUUCCCACCACAUGUUAAUUGCUUACUGUGGUGACACGCGCCUGCGGCUCUUCGAAGAUCACCAGCAAGCAUUUAUAUUUCUGGGCACAGUGCCCUGUCGUUUCUCCGUCAGCUGCCUCUGCUAUGACUCAGAAGCUGAGAUACUGCUCUCUGGUACCUUGGGGGCCGUGGUUACCUGGCUUAUCUUACCAAACAGCAGGAGCCUCCAGAUGGCACAAACAGUGCUGCUGUCUGACCAUGAGUUUGUACAGGGCUUUUCCCUGAAUGGCCCCCAGGGCUCCCUCCUGGCUCUUUGUGAGGAUAAGGUGAGGGUCUUCACUCACCAGGGUCAGGGCCAGCUGAAAGAGAGGAAAAAGUUCACUCCCACAGCCAGUGGCUCUUUCAUCACCUGCUCCUUCACUUGUGUCUCUCAGGGCUAUUUCUAUGCUGGAAACAAGGAUGGAGAGAUCCAUGCCUGGAGCCUAGACCAGGGUAACUUCCUCCACAGCUUCCAAGCCCACUCCUCGUCAGUGAUAUGUGUUUACAGCCGGCCAGAGACCUACACCUUACUCACAGCAGGCCAAGAAGGCGUUGUAAAGGAAUGGAAUCUUGCCUUUGGGAACUUGCUGCGGCAGCUGAAUAUUGACGAGGAUUUGCAGCAACUGCAGUUUAUUGAUGACACCACCUUUUCCUGCCAGACUACCCACACUUUCUCAUUGCACCACCUUCCCUAUUUUUAUAGCCUCUUCAAUGUCUGUGGCUCCACUCCUGAGCAGGUGCAGCGGGUCUGCUGUGGCCAUAACUGGGCUCGGAUCCUUUGUGCCACUAAGGAUGGUUUGUUGCGCUUCUUGUCUCCAGUAACAGGAGAUCUCCUGGUUAUCACCUGGCCUCUCCUUGUCAUGGACAGGGCUGUGGCUUGGGCCUAUGACACAGACAAAGAAGAGCUCUUUGUGGCAAUAGGUGGUUCAGAGGUGCUGGUGUUUGAUGCAACGCGCUCUCCUUGCACAGCCAAGUAUCUGGUAUGCACUUCAGUAAACUAUGGGGAUAGAGUAAGGUGCCUGGCCUAUGGGCAGUCCCAUUUGGGUAUGGGCCUAGCAGGACUGAUGUUCUGUGGGCAUGACAGUGGCAUUGUGAGAAUCCUCUCCCACUAUAGCUGUGCCCGAACAGAAAAGACUGUUCACUCUGGGGCAGUUUUGGCACUGUCUACCUUGGAAGGUCGCCAGGAAAUCUCCUUACUCUGUUCCUAUGGCAUGGAUGAUACUAUAUACCUGACAGAAGCUGUGCUUCAGAAGAACAAGGUAAUCCUGCAGCCCACAAGCAAAAUUACCUGUGCUUGCCCCCUAACACACGUGAUCCUCUUGCCAGGUUCUGUGGGUGCCAUCACUGAGAACCGCUGCUGGCGUCUCUGGCACUACCAAGAUUUUUCCAAAUCUUCAGAAGCAAAACAAGGGUCUGUGGGAAACAAAGGGACAAAAUGCCUGCACCAGUGUGACAUCACUUCAUUUGAUGUCUGCUCUUCCCUGAAACUUUUUGUCACAGGGGGCAUUGAUGGCUCAGUCCGGAUCUGGGAUUUCCACGGUAGACUCCUAACUGAGUUGGAUUCAGCACUGCAUUUUGGCCCACUCUGCUUUGCCAAUAAUCGGGGUGACCUGCUUUUGACCUUCAACCAGAGUCUUUAUCUGGUAUCCUGCUUAAAAUUGCUUCCUCCUGCUCAGUUGAUACACCUAGAUAUCCUAAGCAAUGUAGAUGAUAUACAAGAAGUCCCUAAACCCUUCCUGCCUAGCUUCUUCUUUUCUUUUGAAAAUGUAUUUGUACCCAGAUUUGUCUACCUUGGACAAGGGCUGAAGAAAUUACAGGGGCUAGAGGUCCUUGUUAACAAACGGGUCAUUGCCUUUGACAAUACUGUGCCCCAUGUUGUAGAGGAAGAGAGACAUAUGUCCGCUGUGAUUCAAAUGGGACCCAAAUCACACUUUUUGGAGGACAAGGAUGUUACUUUUGACCCCAAGCAUAAUCAUCCCCAACACAUCGUUCCUGCUCAGUUACAGCUUGCUGGCUGGGACGGAUUGAACCCCUACCAUAUAUUACAUCGCUUCUUUGGUAAAGGGCAGCAAUGGCCCUUUGCUCCUGAUGGCUACAUCCCCAACUCAGUUAUCCGGGCCCGCCUUUGGCCUGAAGGUACCCCAAUCUUUUUACGCUAUGAUCUGUACCGAGAUACAGACUGGGACAUGACCAAACUCGUCAGACACCAGACACUGUCACCUAUGCCUCUACUAGAAGAGAACAUCUCAAUGAGAGGAGAGAGGGAUAAAUCCAAGAAACAGAAAAUAAAUUUCUAUGAUGUUCUAGUAAGCCUGAAAAAACAAAAUUGGACAGAAAGAAAAUUUGAUGAAGGAAUUAUAAAUAACUUAAUUGAGACCAUCCUCAGCCUCACAAUUUACUGUUCUGUAGACCAAUAUAAGACAUAUAUUAGUGUCCUGGCACAAAUUUUUGCCACAUAUCAAGUAUCUCCAAGAUAUUGCUCUGAGGCUUCCUGUCGCCUGAUGGAAGAUACAGUUCAUCCCAAUCCAUGCAUCCGUGAGCUAGCCUGGGAGGGGCUAGAGAGGCUAGGUGUCCUAAGCCAUCUCUUUGCUGUUCCCCUGGCUAUGGGAUUGAUGGACAGUGAUGAAAGGGUGCGGACUAAGGCCUUAUAUCUUCUAAUAAGAGUCACAGGCAUCCAAACUAAGACUAUGCUGGUAAGCCUGCUGAAGAAACAAGAUAUUUUAGAAGAAAUGCAGCGGGAAUUUAUUGGAGAAACCUCUCUGGACCAGUUGCUGGGGAUCCAAGCUAAAGAUAUCCAGUGCCUGCUUACUCAGGUGGAGCAACGGCUAAGAGAAAACCUUACCUUGUCGUAUAGAGACCAACAACCUACUUUCUAUUUAGACAUAGCAAUGGAUGGUAAACCUGAGGCCCUUGUCAAACAAAUAGUCAUACCUGAAGAGAUCACCAAAGAAAAGAAAAGAAAGACAUACGUUCAAGCAAAGAGAAAAGAACUUAUUAAAAAGGACCUGAGAGUUUCCAGAAAGCCAAGACAGACAGAGUCUAUACAAUUUAGCUCUAUGUUGGUGCCUUUAAAGGAUGAGGGUGAACAAAGAGAGGCCAGGAAAUCAGAGCAGGUUGACACCCAGGAUGUUGCCUUAGAGCCUGAACUGCCAAUAAGUACUUUCAGCCCAGCCAAAUCUCAAAAGGAUCCUGAAUCAGAGGAGGUUGUGAUGGAAACCGCAGAAGGAAGAGGCCACAUGGAGGUGACAGAAGUUAUGAAGGCCAUAGGUCAACAUGGCAUGAAAGAUUAUAGAAAGGUGUUCCCUGAGGUGGAAAGACAUGAAGGAGAAGGAGGAGGUCACAUGGAGGUCACAGAGGUUAUGGAGGCCAUAGAUCAACGUGGUAUGAAAGAUUAUGGAGAGGUGUUCCCUAAGGUGGAAAAAGACAAACGUGUGAGUAGGCUUUGGAAAAGGGCACUGGAAAAAAGUCGUGAAAAAGUAGCUGCGAAGUUGAAACAGGAGAAAGACUUGAAGGUCAUUUCGAAGACAACUGCAGAAGAGCCCAAGGAAAAAGUCACGCAGGUUACUGAACAAGAAAAAGAUACAAGGAAGAAACGUGGAAAGAGUGGCCGAGGUUUGGCUGGUACACCUGGACGCAUGGGUAGAUCAGAUACCAGAUCUUGGAGGGAUGAUAUUUGCUAUCUUGUCACCUCAAGGAUAGCAAGUUCCCAUCCAGGAAUGUUAAGGGAUCUGGGACAAGAAUUGGUCGACUUGGCUCAGAUGAUGCUUGCUCCCCGAAAGCUCAGCUGGGAACUCUUCCAAGAGAUCUGCCCCCUUCUAAAAGACUCAUCAGAAUUGGAUGAACAAGUAGUAGAAGAACCAUCCAUUAUAACUGAAGAGGCAGAUAUAGAUGUUGUUGAGGAAGAAGGGACAGAAUUGAGAGGACAAAGGGGCAAAAAAGGAUUAACAAUGUACAAGGCAAAGAAGAAAAAGAAAGUUGCUUUCUUAGAUAAACUAGUCUUAGAGAAAAGGAAAUUUAAAAAAGAAGCAAGGAAACUAACCAGGCAAGAAGGGAAAACAGCCAAGGAAAAAAGGAAACUGAAUAUGCCAGAGAAGAAAUUAAUGCAGGGAAAGGAGAAACUGACCCAUCAGGAAGAAAAAAUAGCUUGGGAGGAAAAAACAGUAGCUUCCCCACAAAACCAAUUAACCCAGGAAGAGCAGAAGUUACUCUUAGGAGAAAAGAAAGGGGGUGGAAAAGGGGGGAAACUAAGGGAGAGAAAAAGAGUGACCUGGGAGGCAAGGGAGGCAGGGGUAAGUGGGACUUGGAAAAGGGGUAACUGGGAUUUGGAGAAGAUUGAGGAGGAGCUGGGUGAGGAAGAAGAGGAGCUGGGUGAAGAAGAGAAAGAGCUGGGUGAGAAACAGGAGCAGCUGGCAGAGGAAGAGGAGCAGCCAGGUAAAGAAGAGAAGGAACCAGGUAUGGAAGAGGAGGAACUGGCCUGGGAUGCAGAGGAGCCAUUACUGCACUUAAAGAAACAAGUUAAAGACAGGAAGAAGAAGUCCCACAAAGAGAAGAAAUACAUACAGGGUAUGGAGAAACAUGUUGAGGAAAGGCGUAAAUUGGCCCAGAAAGAAGAACACUUGUCUAGUGAAGAGGAGGGACUGUCUGUGGAAGAAGGAAAACGGGCAUCAGGAAGGGGCAGCUUGGCAGAGCAAGAAAUUAAAAUGACUCCAGAAAAGAAGAAAUGGUCAGAAAAGGAGAAAAAAGUGGCCUAUAAAAAGAAACAAGCUAAGAAAGAGGAGGAAUGGGUUAGGGAAGAUAAGAAAUCCAUUGAUGAUAAAGAAAAGACCCAUGAAAAAGAGCAACUAGCCCUAGAAGAACAGAAACAGGCCCAGGAGGAGAGAAUAUGGGGUCAGAAAGAGGAGAAAGACAGCGAUCAAAGAAAACAAUCAGCCUGGGAAAAAGAGAAGUUGUCUGUAGAAGAGGAGGAAUACACUAGUGAAAUGCAGAAAACAUCCCAGGAAAAAGAGGAAAAGGCACUGAAGAAAAGACUGACCCAGAAAGGCAGUAAACUGACCAAAGAAGAGAGGCAUGUUGAUAAGAAAGAAAAGGCAGUAGCCAGGAAGGGAAUGGGCAUAACUAAGAGAAAGAAAAAAACUGAGGAAGAGAGAGAAAUUAUGAAAGAGGAGGAAUUGUCCCAGGAAGAGAGGGCACCGACCUAUGACAUUAGGAUCAAGGAGAUGGGUGUUGCAAAGAAAAAAAAGAAACGAACCAGAGAGGAGAGAAUACAGGCAAUGAGGAAAUUGGAUAUGGAGAAAGGGAUUCAUUCUGAAAAAAAAGAGGCUAGUUCCAUGUUAAAAGAUAUAAGGAGGAGAGAGAGUUACCUGUUGAGGAUCCUAUCUAAAAUAGUUAGAGAAAUAGUACCCCUGGAAGAAACAGAAAUAUCUGAGGAAGAGAGAUCUUCUAUGAUGGGGAAGAGUGGAAUGGAUGGCCAGAAGUGGGAAUUCUUUAAGGAACAGAAUGAAAUAAUGAAACAAGAGAAGGAGCUGGAUCAGGAAGAGAGAAAAGUAGAUGAUGACAGACUGGCCACCAAAGAGAAAACAUUGACUGAUGGAGAGAGCUUGGAGGAGAACCAAAGGCUUAUCUGA